AUGGGGACCCCCUAUGGACUGCAGUCGAUGCUCAAGGAGGGACAUAAAUACUUUAGCGGCGUGGAGGAGGCCGUGAUCAAGAACAUCGACGCAUGCAAGGGGCUGUCGCAGAUAACCAGGACUUCUCUGGGGCCCAACGGCAUGAACAAGAUGGUCAUAAACCACCUUGAAAAGCUGUUUGUCACCAGCGACGCUUCAACUAUCGUCACGGAGCUGGAGGUGAACCAUCCAGCGGCAAAGCUGCUCGUGAUGGCGGCCAAAGCGCAGGCGGCGGAGGUCGGCGACGGCACCAACCUGGUGCUGUCGCUGGCGGGCGAGCUGCUGGGCAAUGCGGAGGGGCUCUUGCGGGAGGGGCUGCACACGGCGGAGAUCGCAGACGGCUACCAGAAAUCGCUGGACAAGGCGUUGGAAAUCCUGGAGUCCCUGGUUCUGCCCGGCUCCGCUGACCUGGACGUGAAGGACAAAGCCCAGGUGGCGCGGCGGCUGCGGGGCGCAGUCAGCAGCAAGGUCCACGGCUACGAGGACCUGCUGACUGGGCUGGUUGCGGAGGCCUGCAUCGACGUGUGCCCCGCCAACCCCGCCAACUUCAACGUGGACAACGUCCGCAUAGUGAAGCUCAUGGGCGGGGGGCUGCCGGACAGCAGGGUCGUCAAGGGGAUGGUCCUGAAGCGCGACGCGGAGGGCACUGUCAAGGAGGUGGAGGACGCGGGCGUGGUGGUGUACGCGCAGGGCGUGGACACCACGGGCACUGAGACAAAGGGCACCGUGCUCAUCAAAAGCGCAGAGGAGCUGGAGAACUACUCGCGGACCGAGGAGGCCAAGCUUGAGGAGUACAUCAAGGCCAUUGCGGAUUCGGGAGCCAAGGGGCGACGCAGCCGGCCGCGAGCAGGGCGGGACGCGGGAGCGGGCGAAGCCGCGCGCCUGGAGGGUGGGGCCGCAGCCUGA